AUGGCGGCCACGACGAGUAACCCGAAAGACAGGAACUUGCUAGCGGUGAUAGGAGAUGAGGACUCGGUAACGGGUUUGUUGUUGGCUGGUAUUGGUCAUGUAGAUCAGAAUCAGAAGAAGAACUUUUUGAUCGUUGAUGCUAAGACUCAAACAAGCGUAAUCGAGUCUGCUUUCCAAGACUUCACGGAACGUAAAGAUGUUGCUAUCUUACUUAUCAAUCAACAUAUCGCCGAAAAGAUACGACCCACUGUGGAUAGGUAUCAGGCUGCUUUCCCUGCGCUAUUAGAAAUCCCAAGUAAAGAACAUCCGUAUGACCCUGCGAAAGACUCUGUUCUCAAGCGAGUACAGAAGUUGCGAGGCGAUUAA